UAGUGUCUCUUAGAAGAUAUCGCCAGAUUUAACAAGAAUACACAUCGUUUGUGACGAAACGUGUAUGGCAUCUCCGCGCCGACGACUGUCUUCUCUCUUAUAUUCUGUGUCUCCUCUCCUUCUCUCUCGCUCCUCCUAUUCCUAUUGCUCUCUCUUCCACGCAUUACCCUUUUGCCCUCGUCUCUCUCUCUCCUCUUCAUCCAUGGCUCCAGAACUUCAGGAGGAAAAUUACACUACUGGCCCUGCUGAACCUCCCCAGAAAACCAGAGUCACCGUCGUAGGCAGUGGCAACUGGGGCAGUGUUGCCGCCAAGCUCAUUGCCUCCAACACCCUCAGGCUCUCUUCUUUCCACGAUGAAGUGAGAAUGUGGGUGUUUGAGGAAACGUUACCAAGUGGUGAGAAGCUCACAGAUGCCAUCAACCGCAACAAUGAGAAUGUGAAAUAUCUGCCUGGCAUUAAGCUGGGGAAAAAUGUUGUUGCAGACCCGGACCUUGAGAAUGCAGUGAACGGUGCGAACAUGUUGGUGUUUGUUACUCCACAUCAAUUUAUGGAGGGUAUAUGCAGGAGGCUUGUUGGGAAGGUAAAAGCAGAUGUGGAGGCGAUUUCCCUCAUCAAAGGAAUGGAGGUCAAGAUGGAAGGCCCAUGCAUGAUCUCGACACUCAUCUCAGAUCAAUUGGGUAUUAAUUGUUGUGUUCUGAUGGGAGCAAACAUAGCUAAUGAGAUUGCUGUGGAGAAAUUUAGUGAAGCCACGGUUGGAUACAGAGAGAAAAAAGAGAUUGCACAGAAAUGGGUUCAACUGUUUAGUACUUCCUACUUCAUAGUCACACCUGUCCAAGACGUGGAAGGAGUAGAACUGUGUGGAACCCUGAAAAAUGUUGUGGCCAUAGCAGCAGGUUUUGUGGAUGGAUUGGAGAUGGGAAAUAACACGAAGGCUGCAAUUAUGAGAAUUGGUCUUAGGGAGAUGAAGGCAUUUUCCAAGAUGUUAUUUUCAUCUGUCAAGGACACCACCUUCUUCGAAAGCUGUGGCGUCGCUGAUCUCAUCACAACAUGCCUGGGAGGAAGAAACAGGAAAGUGGCAGAAGCUUUUGCAAGGAGUGAAGGGAAAAGAUCGUUUGAUGAGCUCGAAGCAGAAAUGCUGCAGGGUCAAAAAUUACAGGGUGUCUCAACCGCAAAAGAGGUUUACGAAGUUUUAAGCCACCGUGGGUGGCUAGAUUUCUUCCCACUUUUUGCAACAGUUCAUGAGAUCUGCAUUGGCACUCUUCCUCCAACAGCCAUAGUUGAACACAGUGAGCGCACGCCUAAAAUGUAGCCGGCUCUCUGCAAGACCCGCUUAUCCUGGAUAGGUCGUAGUUUACUUAAGUGAUGUCCUUCGCCCAAAAGCGAGGACGAGGUGAAACUUUGGAAUGUUGGUUCGCACAGAAGUCAGCACUUUGCAACAAUAUAUGGUUGCAGGGACAAAGUACAUAACCUGCUCAGAAGCUAUCUUCCUUGACAGCAAAUGAAGUUUUAACAUUUCUCUUUAAGUUUCUGUUACAUCUUGUUUGUUCUUUCAAAUUGUACCCAUGUUUCAUGCACAAUGUGUAAUCAACAGCAAGUUGUAAACUUAUUUAGAGAAUAUACAAGUAAUCGAAUAAAGAGUUAGUAUGAACCA